AAAUGGUUAAAUCCGAUUACUUCGCUUUAGUGUCCGAUUAUUUCAUUAACUCCUAUAUUUCCUCUUCUCUCUCUCUCUCUCUCUCUCCCUGUCUAGGGUUUUCAAAAUUCUUCUUCUACAAAUCCUCCAAGCUUUUGCUCAUCUCUCUCAGGGUUUUGAAUUGUGAUAUAUUUGGAUCAAACUUCAAUAAGUUUUGGAAAUUGGUGAUUCAGUUAUCAGGAAUACGUUUUCUAUAGUGUUUUCCAAAAUGAGGACAUCAUGGGCAGAUGCUGUUGACAAUGUAGCUACUGGAUCUUCUGAUAAUGCCGGCACUAGUGGUGGAAAAGAACAAAAGUCAGCUCCCACCAAGCCAGCGUAUGUUCCACCACACCUUAGGAACAAAACUCCUGCAUCGGAGUCACCUGCUCCGUCACUUAGUGGCCCACCAUCAGGUAAUGAUAGGUCUAGGUAUAAUGGGCCCACAAGUGGAUCCCAAUGGGCUGGUUCUAGGUCUGAUUACGGACGUCAGGGAUAUGGCAGUGGAGGUCGUGGCAGCGGUGGUUGGGGUGGGAGGAGUGGUUGGGGUGGUAGGGAGCGGGAGGUCAACCCUUUUGGUAACGAUGAUGUGGAUGCAGACACAGAGCAUGCGUUUAAUGAGCAGGAGAAUACGGGUAUUAACUUUGAUGCUUAUGAGGAUAUUCCUGUGGAGACGAGUGGGGAUAAUGUGCCACCACCAGUGAAUACAUUUGCAGAGAUAGACUUGGGUGAUGCACUUAAUCUGAAUAUUCGAAGAUGCAAGUAUGUGAAGCCGACUCCUGUUCAGCGACAUGCAAUACCCAUUUCGCUAGCAGGACGAGAUUUAAUGGCUUGUGCUCAGACUGGAUCGGGCAAGACUGCCGCCUUUUGCUUUCCGAUUAUUAGUGGAAUUAUGAGGGGACAUAUUCCACAAAGACCACGUGGAGUUCGCACUGUUUUUCCACUUGCUCUUAUUCUUUCACCAACAAGAGAACUCUCAAUGCAGAUACACGAGGAAGCUAGAAAAUUUUCCUAUCAAACUGGUGUCAGAGUGGUUGUUGCUUAUGGAGGAGCGCCAAUAAAUCAGCAGCUCCGUGAACUUGAGAGAGGAGUUGAUAUUCUGGUGGCCACUCCUGGAAGAUUGGUUGAUUUGCUUGAGAGGGCCAAAGUUUCAUUACAAAUGAUAAGAUACUUGGCUCUGGAUGAGGCAGACAGAAUGCUGGAUAUGGGAUUUGAGCCUCAAAUCAGAAAGAUAGUGGAACAAAUGGAUAUGCCUCCUCGUGGUGAAAGACAGACAAUGCUGUUCAGUGCCACCUUUCCAAAAGAGAUCCAGCGGCUGGCUUCCGAUUUUCUUUCAAAUUACAUUUUUUUGGCAGUUGGAAGGGUUGGUUCUAGUACAGACUUGAUUGUUCAAAGAAUUGAAUUUGUUCAUGAGAGUGAUAAGAGGAGCCAUUUGAUGGAUCUUCUUCAUGCUCAGAGAGCAAAUGGAGUUCAAGGAAAGCAAGCUCUUACUUUAGUAUUUGUGGAAACGAAGAAGGGAGCUGACUCAUUGGAACAUUGGUUGUGUCUGAAUGGUUUUCCUGCUACUACUAUCCAUGGGGAUAGGACACAACAGGAAAGAGAGCUUGCAUUAAGAUCCUUUAAGAGCGGGAACACACCUAUAUUAGUGGCAACAGAUGUGGCAGCCCGUGGUCUUGAUAUUCCACAUGUUGCUCAUGUAAUAAACUUUGACCUCCCAAAUGACAUUGAUGAUUAUGUUCACCGGAUAGGACGUACUGGUCGUGCUGGCAAGACAGGAUUGGCUACAGCAUUUUUUAAUGAGAAUAACAUGUCUUUGGCAAAGCCGCUUGCUGAUUUGAUGAAGGAAGCAAACCAGGAAGUACCUGAUUGGUUGACUCGGUUUGCAAGUCGAGCUUCAUAUGGAGGUAAAAGUCGGCGUGGUGGUGGACGUUUUGGUGCUCGUGACUUUAGGAGAGAUUCUUCUUUUAAUAGGAGUGGGAGUGGCAAUGAUUAUUAUGGUGGUGGCAGCGGUGGUGGUUAUGGAGGUUAUAGUGGAGGGUAUGGUCCUGCAGCGACCAGUGCUUGGGAUUAAUUUGUCAAAACUAGUGCUAUGUUAUCUUGGAGAUUUAUAUAUUUUCCAUCAAAUUCUGAUUAUUAUUAAGCUUUCACAAUGAGAAGAGAUCUUUUAUAUCUUUUUGACUUCAUAAUACUUGUGUGAUCCACUUGGGGAUUACGGGAGAGAUGCCAUGUAGCUUAGAGCCUAGUUAGACUGCUGUUAUAUAAGUCAGAUCCUCUUCUGAAAUUCUUUUAUUUAUAUGUUUUUUGUUUCUAAAUUUUGAAGCUGCUGCAAACUUAAAUUUCCAGAGGUGGAUCUGAAUGUGGCGCAUGUAGUGGAUGGCUUCAGUUCAGUUUGAGUUAUCUUAUGAUGAACAUGUAGGAAUUCUUCAUACCUCUCUAGCAGUCGGAACGUUAUUAUUUCUGUGCUGAGCCGCAUGGUUUGACGUGUUGCUCCAGUCAUCUUGGAUACUAUAUUGCCAGGAAAUACAACUUUUCUCGACGAAUGUGUAAUUGUAUAUAAUGGGAGAUCAAAUAAAGGGUACUUGUGUCUAGCCCAAUGUUAAGUGCUUCAGCUUUCAUGUACUUGUGCGUAGAACUCGACAAAUUCUGGGGCUAAGUGUGUAGUGUGUAAGUGUGUAGUGUGUAUGUUGGAGUAAAUUCAGUAACUUUCAUUUAGUAAUUGGGUGGUGUUGCUUUACUUUAGGAGAAAGGAAAACAUGGUAGAACAGCAGAAGGCGGCAUUACUGUUCUCGUUUUGGCCUAUUCUUUUCUAGGAUUUGGAUUUGUAUAAACACGUUGAGAAUGCCUUUUA